CAGUAUUAGGAAAAUACUUUGCUGACUGUAGAACAGGAGCGAAGCAGUCUCAACAGUUGCAGAUGCCCUACAAUGAGCUGGCUUCAGUGCAGAUAUAGCAAACCUGGUAUGUAACAUUUACAACACUCUGGAGCUGGAGGAACGCAGCAUCAGAGGAGCAGGAAAGUUGACUGUUCUUCAGUCAAUUGAAUUCAUCAGAAUUAGUGCUACGCUCUUUUGAACAGUCAUCAACAUGAAUAGAGAAAUCGCAGAAAAAUUUCUGGACUCCAAUCCGGAGUUUGCCAAGCAAUACUUUGAGAAGGAGCUUCGGCCAGAAACUGUGGCUCAAGUGAUGUCAAGGACUGACAUCGGUGCUGAUAUCUCAACGUUCAGGGAGAUGGGUCAGGUCGAGGAGAGUGAAAUUCUCUUUGAGCUUAUCCGAGAUAUGCAGGAGAGCAUAAACAUGGAAAAGGUGGUGUUUAAAACUUUACGGAGGCUUAGUUUCCUGAUCCACGCCGACCGAAUGAGUCUGUUUAUGUACCGGCAAAGAAAUGGUACAGGAGAGUUAGCCACCAGACUGUUCAAUAUUCACAAGGAUGCUGUCAUGGAAGAUUGCCUUGUUCAUCCAGACCACGAGAUAGUUUUCCCAUUGGAUAUGGGGAUCGUAGGAAGUGUUGCACAGAGCAAGAAAACUAUAAAUGUCCAGAAUGUCACUGAGUCCAAUAUUUAUAGCUCGUUUGUGGAUGAACUGACUGAAUACCAAACAAAGAGUGUUCUCGCUACCCCCAUAAUGAAUGGUAAAGAGGUGGUCGCUGUCAUCAUGGCAACUAACAAAACAGCUGGACCUUAUUUUACUGAACACGAUGAAGACCUUUUCUUGAAGUAUCUCAACUUUGCCACCUUGAACCUCAAAAUCUAUCAUCUGAGCUACCUUCAUAACUGUGAAACAAGGAGAGGCCAGGUUCUUUUGUGGUCAGCAAACAAAGUAUUCGAAGAGCUGACAGACAUUGAGAGACAGUUUCACAAGGCUCUUUAUACAGUCCGAGCCUACCUAAACUGUGAGAGAUACUCAGUAGCACUCCUAGACAUGACAAAGCAGAAGGAAUUUUUUGACCUGUGGCCUAUACAAAUGGGGGAAGUACCUCCUUACCAAGGUCCCAGAACUCCUGAUGGAAGAGAAAUAAUCUUUCACAAAAUCAUUGACUACAUUCUACAUGGAAAAGAGGAGAUUAAAGUCAUUCCAACUCCACCUGCUGAUCACUGGGCCUUGGUCAGUGGACUACCAACAUAUGUCGCAGAGACUGGCUUGAUCUGCAAUAUCAUGAAUGCAGCUGCCGAUGAAACAUUUACCUUCCAGACUGAACCCUUGGAUAGUUUUGGAUGGACAAUCAAAAAUGUCCUUUCAAUGCCAAUUGUAAACAAGAAAGAAGAAAUUGUCGGAAUUGCUACAUUUUACAACAGGAAAGAUGGGAAACCUUUCGAUGAAAUGGAUGAGGUUCUUAUGGAAUCCCUGACCCAGUUCCUAGGCUGGUCUGUUCUCAACACAGAUACAUACGAUAAAAUGAACAAGCUUGAAUACCGGAAGGAUAUUGCUCAGGGAAUGGUGCUAUAUCAUGUAAAAUGCAACAAGGAUGAAAUUCAAAAUAUAUUGCCAACAAGGGAAGCUUUUGGGAAAGAACCCAAUGAAUGUGAAGAGGAGGAAUUACAGGAAAUAUUGAGUGAGCAACUCCCACGUGCUUCGGACUUUCAACUUUAUAAAUUUAGCUUUAGUGACCUGGAACACACGGAGAUGGACCUUGUGAGAUGCGGCAUCCAGAUGUAUUACGAGUUGAAAGUUGUGGACAAAUUCCACAUUCCACGUGAGGUGCUAGUCAGAUUUAUAUAUUCCUUAAGUAAAGGAUACCGAAAAAUUACAUAUCACAACUGGCGCCAUGGAUUCAAUGUCGGGCAGACAAUGUUCACUCUUUUGAUGACUGGGAAAUUGAAACGCUAUUACACGGACUUGGAAACAAUGGCCAUGGUCACUGCAGGGCUUUGUCAUGAUAUUGAUCACAGAGGGACCAACAACUUGUACCAAAUGAAGUCCCAGCACCCACUGGCAAAACUGCAUGGCUCUUCAAUUAUGGAACGCCAUCACUUGGAAUUUAGCAAGACUUUACUUGCUGAUGAGACUUUGAACAUUUUCCAGAACUUGAACAGGAGGCAGUACGAGCAUGUUUUCCAUCUGAUGGAUGUUGCGAUCAUUGCAACAGACUUGGCGCUCUACUUUAAAAAAAGAACAAUGUUUCAAAAAAUUGUCGACCUGUCCAAAACCUAUGAGGAUGAGACAGCCUGGGUGGAAUAUAUGUCACUGGAAACGACCAAGAAAGAGAUUGUCAUGGCCAUGAUGAUGACAGGGUGUGACUUAUCGGCAAUUGCUAAACCCUGGGAGGUUCAGAGUCAGGUGGCUCUGUUAGUCGCAGCUGAAUUCUGGGAACAGGGUGACUUGGAAAGAACUGUCUUACAACAGAAUCCCAUCCCAAUGAUGGACAGGAACAAAGCAGAUGAGCUCCCCAAACUUCAAGUUGGUUUCAUUGACUUUGUGUGCACAUUUGUCUACAAGGAAUUCUCUCGUUUUCACGAGGCGAUCACACCAAUGCUUGAUGGUAUACUCAACAACAGAAAAGAAUGGAAGCAACUUGCUGAUGAACAUGAAAUGAAGGUGAAAGCUUUGCAAGAAGCAAAGCAGAAGCAUGAAGAAGAACUCGCAGCAAAGAAAGCUGCUGCUGCCGCCGCCGCCGCUGCUGAAGAAAAGGCUCAGUCCAAAACUUGUUCUGUGUGUUAAACUUUGUGGUUCCCGGGCUGCCUCAUUCCCAUCAGUAUUGAUGAAGAAAAAAGUCUGCACAAACUGUACAUCAGCACUGACUGCAGCAGGAAUCAGAGGACACGACUUCGUAACCAUUGAACUUCCAUUGGGCUUGAAAUCCACUAAUGUUUGAAAGGUAGACCUUGGAAAGGGUGAUGACAGCCUGUAUCAAAGGGGUGCAGUCAAUGCAACAGAUAUUCUGUUGUUUGUGCUUUACGUCCUCUGUAAAUGACACUCCUGUAAACAAAUAAUUCUGUAAAACUAUCUGAAUUCCGUGGUGCUUCUAUAAUAUGGUGUUGCAGAAACUCAUCUUUAGCAGCACAAAAUUGCAGUAGCAUAUCGGCUGCCUGAUAAUUGGCCCAUCCAGUAUUCAGUUUCCUUGGCAUAAUUGGAGCGGGAAUGUAAGAAACCAGUGCAAUCAAACCCUGUUUCCAAUGCUGAGGAAGACCAAUUUCUCCUGAGAAUUCCAAUCCAGGAGGUGCAUUUUCACAAUUGCAAACUGUUAUCUUUACAUUUGAAGAUUGAACAGGAAGUUAUAGAAGUUUUACAAGUGACAAACUUUUACUGCUUUUUUUGCUUAAAUGGCUUUGUCUCAUCUUACUCUUCAUAAAAUUAUUUAACUUCACUGAUCAAAUAAGGAUGUAAAAUAAUGUUGGGAUUUGAAUCAUAAAAGAACCGGAACUCUGGGAGCGCAUGAUCUUAAUCAAAUCAUUACCGUAUGACACAUUUUAUACAAUUACCAACAUACUAGCCAGGCGGCAAUACAGAAUUGACUCAGUUGAUCUAUUAAUAAUCCUGUUUGAUCCCAUUGAUUGUGUUACUAUCCUGUAUUUCAUGUUCCUGCAGAUUAAUUUUUAAAGAUAUAUUUUAAAGAGAGUGGUUACUAAUCACUCUGGGUACUAUCCUUAUCUCUGACCAGCUGAAUAGUAUCUGCCUAAAGUAGAAUUUUGUUUCCUGCAUCCACUCAGAAAAUCUGGAAACAAAUAUGCUGUGCAUUUCCGUGCUUGGAGCUACAAAGAGCUUGCAGUGUUUGGCAGUCUUUUUUAUGACUUGAUGUUUUGAGAUGAAUCAAUGAAUUAUUUAUAUUUUGCAUGUUGCUGAAACUCAGUGUAAUGAGAAUUUAUAUAAAAAGCCAUUCGACCCACUUUAAUUUUAGACGAAAAAUGAUGAGUUGUAAUUUUAAAACCCUGGAAAAUUGAAAUGGAAGAAUUGAAUCAAGUAAAAGAUUGUAUUCAAUGCUUGCAAACAGUAAGAUACUAUAAUAGCCAAACGUAGAACUGGAUACAUUGGAUUCGAACUGACAAUCUGUGUGCGUGGAUCAUCAGGACUAUCUGAUUUGUGUAUUACAAUGUUUUCAUACUCUCAAGUGUUCAAAUGUUUUCACUGCUGAUUACUUACUUCCUGAUGGCAAAGCUGUAGAGCAGCUACUGUGAAUUUGUAUUGCAACUGAGUAGAAUGAACUAUUCCUGUGCAUCAUGAAAUCUGCACAAUAACGGAAAAGUAAGAUAGUCAUUAAAGACAAAUGAGUAUUUCCUGCAGACAAUGUCUAUCUACCUAUACAGGUUUUAUUGCACAAAGGUCCAAUACAUAUUCCAAUAUAACAAGAAUAACAACUGUUAAUCCAUGUCAAAGUGUAGAAUUAUCAGAUUUCCAGCAAGAUUUCCGAGGUAAGAGAAAGCAGGAAUUAUCAUUUAAAAGUUAUCUGUACAAAAGCUGCUCUUUAAGCUCUGUAAUUAUAUUUAAUCUUUUAUUCAUUUAAUCUGUUGUGUAUUUAAUCAGUUGUCACAUCAAUAGCUAUUAUAAAUCUAUGGUGAUCAAUUUGUUUUUAAUGUUGAAACAAAAUGGGCUACCUGUUAAGAGUACCAUAAGGAAUCCGUAAUGAACUUUUAAGCAUGAGUCAUAACAUUCCUCUACAUAUUAUAAGUGGAAAGCAAAAACAGCCAAAAGUUCCUGAUUUUAUUUCAUAUACUGUAGUAAAGUGUCAGUAGGACCUUUUAAGGAAUUAAUAGAUUUAUAGUAAUACUGUUUUGUGCUUGAAAAAUUUCAAAAUUUGAUGACAACACAAAAGCAAAAUAUUGCGGAAGCAGUGACAAAAACUUUUAAAAAUUCAGGAGGACAUAAACAUGAGCAGUGAAGUAACUAACAGGGGCAGAUGUAGUUUAACAUUAGAAAGGAUUAAUUUGCAAUUUCUUGAAAAUGGUAGAUAAAGCCAGAGGAAAAGCCUGUAUAAAAUAUUACUGUUAUAAUUAGAGUACCUAAACAGUGGUGAAUGAGAUAAGGGGGAUCAAAAGCUGAUUGAGUGGGUGUUGAAAAUGAAAUUUAAUAGAAAUUUUAAACAGCUGAAAUUUGAAUUUAUGUAGCACCUUAAAUGUAGAGUAACAUUUUAGAAGUGCUUCACAGCAACAGAUUCAAGUAAAAUAUAAUAUUGAACCAAAGAAGGAACUAUGGAAUUAAGUGACCUAAAGCUUGGACAAAGGCAUGAGCUGUGGGAAGCAUCCCUAGAGAAUAAAAAGUUGAGACAUUUAGGAAUUAGAUUCAGAGUUUAGAGCUGAGAGGCUGAAUCCAUGAUCACUAAUGUUGCAGCAACAUGAUUAGGAAGAGACAAAAUAAGACAGCAAGACUUGGAGGAAUGCAGAAUUGUCAGUACCUUAGUAGGCUGGAGAAGAUUGCAGAAGUAGGAGUCUUAGAAUCAUAUAGUACAAAAAACAGACCACUUGAUCCAAAUUGUCCAUGCCAUUCAAGUUUACCAAACUACUACACACUACUGAUGUCAGACUCACCAAUCUAUAGUUCCCAGGCCUCUCUUAAGAGCCUUUCCUAAAAUAAUGGCACAACAUUAGCCACCUUCCAGUCCUCUGGCACCUCACCUAUGGCUAUAGGUGAUACAACUAUCUCUGCUGGGGGCCCUGCAAUUUCUUCCCUACCUUCCCUCACAUCUUGGGAUGCAUUGAUCAGGUGCUGGAGAUUCACCCACCUCUAUUUUUUUUAAACCUCCAGCACCUUCUCUUCUGUAACAUAGUCUGCUUUCAAGACAUCAACGUUUAUUUCCCUGAGUUCCCUAGCAUCCAUGUCUUUCUCCACAGUAAAUAUUGAUGCAAAAUAUUCAUUAUCUCUCCCAUCUUCUGUGGUCCCACACAGAGAUAACCUUGUUGACCUUUAAGGGCAUCUAUGACAAGAAUGAAUUUCUAAAUUUGAAGAGUUGCGAGAUCUAGGAGUCAAUGUAGCCCAGUCAGCAAAGAAAUGUUGGAUGACCAGGGCUCGGUCUAAGACAAGGUUUGUGCAAAAAAAACUUUGGAAGGUUUGUUGGGGACAGGUACGCUGCAACUGUGAAAUCUGAAAUUGGCUAAAACAUGGAUGAGGACUUCAGUAGCAGAUACAACGAAUCGGGGACAGAAAUGCUUGAUGUGCAGAGGGAACGAAGAUAGUGAUUAUAAUGUAGACAAUUUGUGGUCAGAAGCUUAGAAUCAAGCAGCACGAGUAGGUUGUAAACAGUCUGAUUCAAACCGAGACAACUAGCUGAUUGAGGAAUAAAAUCAGCAAUUACGUUAAUGAGUUUGUGGCAAGGUCUGAAGGUAAUAGCUUCUGCUUUCUUAAUGUUUCACUGGACUGAAUGUUGGACAACAGACUGAAAAGACUGAGGCAAUGGACAAGUACUGUUGGUGAUAGUGAGGUAAUUGUUGUCAGCAUUCAUGCGGAACCUGACUUGGUAUCCUCUGAUUUUGUGGCCAAGGAACACCAGUGAGGUGAGAAAGGAGAAGGUGCCAAGAAAUAUUUCUGGGUAUUUCAGAGGUAGCAGUGCAGGAUCAGAAACAGAAGCUGCUGGAGGUAUUUUGGUGACAAUUAUAUUGAAAACGGUGAAAAAUUUAGGAAGAAAUUGAAGUCCAACAGAUUUGCAACAGAUAACAAAUUAGUGGAAUUUGCAACCUAUAAAAUCUUCAAAUGACAGCUUUCAACAACUAUUCAUGUGGCCAGUGCCAGUAUGCGAUUGGUGCUAUGUUUGAACAGGGAGCUCUAUAUUUUCUUUUUAAUGAAUAAGAAUUGAAUAAGCAGCAUAAGUUCCAGUUUAUGAAUAGCUGGUAAAUGUGGUUAGCAUAAAAUUUUAUGUCAAACCAUGGAAUGUUGGAUAUUAAAUAUGUUGUUCUAGUGAAAGUCAGUUGGUGUUGCUAAGAAGACUGAAGCUGAAUAGGUAAUACUCCAUUCUUCUAAGGGUUUUGAUGGUCAUUAGAUUGGACAGGAUAAGCAUAAAGACAGCAGGGGUGUGCAAAGAAUUGUACAGUAUUAUUAAAUGAUAUAAUUAUCAUUCAUAUUAGAUAGCCAUUAUAUAUAUUGACAAUGCAUGAACAGCAUUGAUUCUGAAUACUUGUUCUCACCACAUUUUUUUCAAAAAGCAUAAGUAAUUUCUGACAGCUCUCUGUGUUUUAGGUAUUACAGCACUUAAUUCAGUAUUUAACAAGGAUUACCAACACCGUUGUAUAAUAAUGCACUCCAGCAUGUUCCAUUUAGUACAGAUUAGUAACUCAUUGAUUAACCAAUCUUCUUAUGCAGCAGAAACACUCAGCAGUUUCCUAAAAUUACCUGUCAUUUUAUUAAUGCAUAUCAAGGUCAAUUUGAAUUUCAUUUUUAUAUAUGUAAUUAUUGGAUAUUAUUUCUAUAAAACAUAUUCACCUUACUUAUUCAUUUACUGCAUGAUAUGUACAUGUUCAUUGUAUGUAAAUAUUGUGUAUCCAAGAAAAUUUCAUGUAUAUAAU